CUGGCCCUCUGUGACAUGUUCAUUGGUAAUAUCGGACAAUUUGAAAAUGUUUGCCGUAUGUCGUCUGCGGAUUUCGAAAUCUUAUUAAAUUUAAUUGAGCCAGUAAUACGAAAGAAGGAUACAAACUAUAGGGAAUCUAUUUCUCCCAAAGAAAGAUUAGCUGUAACUCUACGCUUCCUGGCGACAGGAGAUUCAUUCACCAGUUUAAUGUACCUUUUUAAAAUAUCUAAACAAAGUAUUUCGACUAUAGUUAUUGAAGUUUGCCGAGCUCUUAAUGAAGCAUUAAAACACCAAGUUCAGAUGCCACAUUCUACAGAAGGGUGGUUACAAUGUGCUAAAGAAUUUGAGGAACAUUGGAAUUAUCCGCAUUGCGUAGCCGCUAUGGAUGGAAAGCAUGUGAUGUUACAAGCACCCAUAAACAGUAGUAGAGAAUACUACAAUUAUAAGUCAUUUUUUAGCAUUGUGUUAUUUGCACUUAUAGAUGCGAAUUAUAAUGGAUGGAGGAAUAUUUAAACACAGUCUAACAUGGAAAAAAAUACAAGAGAAAAAUCUGCCUUUGCCAGAACCAAAACAACUUCCUGGGCGAAAAAAAAAAACGUAUUCCUUACGUCAUACUUUGUGACGAAGCAUUUGCUCUCCAUGAAAAUGUAAUGAAACCCUAUUCUGGUCUUUAUGAAAAAGGAUCGAAAGAAAGGAUCUUCAAUUAUCGAUUGUCAAGAGCACGGCGAGUUUCAGAAAAUGCUUUUGGAAUACUUAGUGCAGUAUUUAAAGUUUUGAGAAAACUCAUACUCCUUGAACCUAACAAAGCUAGAGAUGUAGUAUUAACGACUUUUUAUCUACAUAAUUACUUAAGAAAAAGUAAAAAUUCCAGAAAUACCUAUACUCCUGCAGGAACUUUUGAUAGUGAGCUAAAUGAUAUGGGACAGUUGUUGCUGGAACCUGGCGGAGGGAUGAUGUAAACCAAACCUCAAUGUGCAAGUUAAAACAAAUACCAAGGAAAAGUCCAUCAAAUGCGCAAGAAAUACUAGAAGAAUUUGCCGAAUAUUUUUUUACAAACGGGCGUAUACCUUGAAAAAAUGACCGUGCUUAAAUAAAUAUUUUAUAAUAA